GUGAUUUUAAAAAACUAACCUCACUAUUUUCAACUACUUAAAAUAUUGUUUUAUUUAUUUAUUUUAUUAUUAUUAAAAUAUUAACUUGAGAAUUAUGGCUCCAACUACAGCACCUGUGAAAAAGCAAAGUUGGAGCGAAGUUAAUAAAUUAAAAAAGGAAGAGAAGAAAAAAUGGAAAGAGCAGAAUUUAGUUAAGAAACUAGAAAAGAAAAAACGCAAAGAAGCAGUGGAUAAUAAAUUAAAAGAGUCAAAUGUAGCAUUAAGUAAUGUUUCAACGCUUUCAAUAGCGAUACCAGGUUCUAUUUUAGAAAACGCUCAAUCCCAGGAGUUAAGAACUUAUUUAGCUGGCCAAAUUGCUAGAGCAGCUUGUAUAUUUCAAGUAGACGAGAUAGUUGUUUUUGAUGAUUAUGGGGACGAGGCUUCUGCAAAGAAAUCUAAUUUAGAUAGUGAUGCUGGUAAUGUAACAGCUAGACAUUCCUGUAUACAGCUGGGAAGAAUACUGCAAUACUUGGAGUGUCCACAGUAUCUUAGAAAACACUUCUUUCCCAUACACAAUGAUUUGAAAUUUUGUGGACUAUUGAAUCCUUUAAAUGCACCUCAUCAUUUGGGCCCUAAAGAGGAAUUUUUGUUUAGGGAGGGUGUUGUUCUAAAUAAACCUACAAAAAGUGGUUCAUUUGUUAAUGUUGGUCUAUUAAAGGAAGUCCAUGUUGAUAAGUUACUCACUCCUGGUAUUCGCUGCACAGUGAAAAUUCUACCUAAUGAGCAAGACUCUAAAAAACUUAAAGGUGUUGUAGUUUCCCCUAGUACUCCCAGAAAAGAAACAGGUGUAUAUUGGGGGUAUACUGUAAGAAUCGCCACAUCUCUCUCUAAGGUAUUCUCACAGUGUCCAUAUAAAGAAGGGUAUGAUGUAUCAAUUGGAACAUCAGAUAAGGGCACCUCAGUUGACGAUUUUUCUUGUCCUGCUUAUAAAAACUUAUUGGUAAUGUUUGGUGGUCUUCAGGGUCUAGAGGCAGCUCUAGAAAAUGAUCAAGUGUUGAAUGUUGAUGAUCCAAAAUUACUAUUUGACCAUUACCUGAACACCCUUCCAGAACAGGGAUCCAAAACUAUCAGAACUGAGGAGGCUGUUUUAAUAACUUUGGCUGCCUUAAGACCCAAGUUAAAUCCUGAAAAUAAACCAGUAAAUAUACAAAAGAGUGACAUGGACGAGAAUAAGGAAAUUGAAGAUAUGGAAACCAAUGUGGAAGAGAAACCUGAAGAUCCCCUCAGUCGAUUUGAUUAGACUUUUGUAUUGUAAAAAGUAAUUUUAUCAAGAGUUUUAUAAUUAUUUACAUUUCUAAAUAAAAAUGUGUUUUAUUG